AUUUUAAUUUCGGUCGUCUUGCGAUAAUAGUAAAUGUGUAUAAUUAAUAUUUUUUUGAUUAAAUGUUUUCGAAACUGUUUAAUUUGUUAGAAUGUUUUAAAAACACAUUACAUUUUUACACAUUACAUCUUCGACAGAUCUAAAUAAACAUAAUGGAAAUUGCCAGCGCAAAGGCACGUCACCAUAGAGUGGUGUUGUGUAUACUUGGAGCUAGCAAUGUGGCAUCACUUUUGGCCGCUCUUCACCUAGUUAUUCACCUUAAUCCUGAAGAUAAAAUAUCUAUAAAACGCGGAACAGCGCUCACAUUGCUGGGCUUCGUCUAUUUUAUGACACUGUUCGAACUAUUCAACGUAGCGGCUCUCUUCACUAGUCUCGGAGCGAGGUUUAGACACAAGUUCAGAUUGAGUUCGGGCGAUGUACUCGAUAUUACAAACAAAUUAGUAUCAGCUGUGCAAGCAGCGUUUUCUUGUGCGACAGGCGUGGUAGUCUGUCUCUGGUCAUGUACAAGAGAUUUGAUGCGGUCCUCACAUUACAUUUCUGAGGCCUACGCGUGGUUCGGUGCGGCCUAUUUCUUUUAUGACAUAUGGUCUAUGUACAUGGUACAUGUACACAUGACCACCAACUCAAACCGCACUCAACCCACGAAGCAGUCCCUCCCAUCUGGUGACGCGUUGGAGUCUCAAAAGAAACCCUCAUUUUUUGACUACUGCAAACAUGAGCCAGUGAUUUUGAUGCACCAUCUGUUCAUUGGUGCCUUCGGAUUUCUAGUCAUUGUCUACUUUCGCGGUGGGCUGGGCGAUUGUGUAUUCGGAUUCGUCUACCUCAUGGAGCUAUCCACUCCAUUCGUUUCGCUUCGUGGCAUCCUCUCCCGUCUUCAACUCAAGAAGUCUCCAGUUUACGUGUACAAUGGACUGGCGAUGUUGGCCACCUUUCUGGUGUGUCGUGUCCUGAGUCUGCCGUAUGUGUGCCUGCUCUACAGUCGAGCUGCUAGUAUGACGUAUUUUGAGGCGAUAAAAUCCCUACCCACGGGUUGUAAGAUAUCCAUCUGCAUCUUACUCUUACCCCAGAUUUAUUGGUUCUACCUCAUGUCAGCUGGAGCUCUGAAACUCUUCUUCAAUCGAAUCCCCGUUAAACGUAGUUGAUUAUACAAUAUUCCUCUGCUUUAGAUUUUAUGACGUUUAACGCGCGUAUGAUGCUCGCAUGCGUUAAUAUAUAAUGUAUUCGCAUAAAGCAUGUUGAGCUGUAGGCUUAUAUAACAAUACAAUAACCUAGUCCCUAUAAACGCAAAUAAUAGUCACGUCAAAAUCCGUACUUAUACACUGGCAACGUAUACGUACAGUUUGUGACUAUUUCAAAUGUGACGCCAUAUGAGAGGUCCUCAAUACGUUAAACCUUGAAAAGGAGAUAAUUGACAUUUGAGAAUAUCUUAUGGUAAUGCUAGUCUGACGGUAUGUUAAUUGAGAAUUUAAUAUUUCGGUUUUAUAAAGUUGUGUUUAUAGUUUAUCUAAUAGUUAAAAAGGCAAAUUAUUUUCUUAUUUGGCUUUCGAAAUGAAUCUGAUAAAUGAUAAAAUAUUUAUGAUAAUAACUACGAGGUUCCAGCAUAGUAUUAUUUGUUAGUAGCACAAAUUGUCUACAUUGAAUGAUAGUGGAAGGUCGAACACUCAUUCCCUAGUUAUUUCUCAUACAAUUUACAUACAUACAAACGCACGAGCCUUUGAAAUUGUAUGAGACAUAACUGGCGCUUAUACACGGACAAUGCUGUGUAAUUUUUGUGCGAAAAAGAUUUGUGAUAGACAUUUCUCGUAUAGUUUUCAAAUAUUUCUUAGUAUUUUCUCGUAAUAACCUUUUUAUUACACGAUGAGCUUACAAAGUUCAUCAAUCUGAGCUUAUAUGAUCGAAUAUUAACAGUGUUAAUAAUAGACUAUUAUUUCUGGUUACCGAUAAUUAAUAAUAUACCAAUUGUUAUAUUGUAUACAAAACUCAUUAAUGUGAAGCCACUAAUUUUCUCCUGUUUCGAACUACACGGAGUAUGAAAUUAGUAUAAGGCUUUUUAUGGUAACAAAGGUUCAAAGUUGUGUCAUAUAAAUAUAAGAAAAUGGUUCGAGAGGCUCUGCAGUAUGAAUUACGACCGGAACGUUUAUUGGGGGUUUCACCUUGAAAUAAUGAUUAUUUUGAUGUUAUUGUGAUAUACAAAUUCGCUAAAACUAAAUUCGAAAUUGUGAAAGAAAAUCAAUGAUCCUAAAUAAUUAUUUUGGAUCUUCUGUAAUCAAGGAUUACAAUAUUUUUAGUUGAAUGAUGUCAUAAAUGCUUAUAUUAAAAAUAUUUUCCUCAUAAAUGAUACAGAUUUCGAAAUUUGUAAUGGCUAACGUCCGCAUUCGUAUCUCAACUUAGAUAAGUCAUCCAUUGAACUUGGGAUCGUGUGUUGGAACGCUAGAUAAUGUAACCGAACAGUUACCUAUAAAGGCCGCGUGAAACUAAGAAAACCAAUUGCCAUGUACGAGCCGUAGAUUUAUGUAUAGAAAGAAGGGCUGUGAUCGAUUCCAGGCCAUGUAAUGUACUUCCUACAUAAGAACUUACGACAUUUACGUACGAACCUAAGUACGUACGUAUGUAGUCCUUGGAUGUUAGUAAAAUCAGCAUGGCGCAAGAAGAAAUUUUUGUUUCACAACAAAAAAAACAUAAUCGAUUUAGAAGUACUUUAAUCCAAAUUAACGGUAUCAGUAAAUUAGAGCUUGAAUAUUAUUUGUUGUUCAAAACUAAAUAACUAAAAGUUAUAGGCCUAGUUUGUUAAAAUUUCAUAGAUUUAUUCUGUGUUUGGAGCACUCUUUGUAUUUUGAGUAAAAGAGUAUAUUUAUGAUCGUGUACGUCUGUUGUAUAAGAUUUUUAACCAAUACGUUUUAUUAAUUAAAAAUAAUUUGACGAAUUAAACAUACAACAUAGUUGAGGAUUUGGCUUUGACAAUUAUUGCUUGUUUAUUAACUGGUAACGUGUUUUAAUAUAAAUUGUUUCGAGGGCCGUGUAGGCAUGUCGAGGUUUUGGUUAUGGUUGAUAGCACGGGUUUUUGAUAAUAGGGGUAAAGGAGUAAAAUUAGUAUCUAGUUCUUAAAUUGGUUCCAAUGGUAUGGUGUUUUUAGAAAUGCAAUACCAGUAUUUUCAUUUAUUGCGUUUAUUUAAAUCUAUAUUAUUUUACUUUGAAUAGCAUCGUUUUUUUACACUUUAUAUAAAUCUCAAUACAAUUUAUUGUGAUAUUAUGUUAAAUAAUGACGCACAACACUACCAGUGUAGUAUAGGAUAUUCAUAGAAAACGAGGAUUAACCAAGCUUCCAUAGUCAGAGACAAGUUAAGUGUCCCUAAUCUUUUAAAAACCAUAAACCACAUGUAAUUAACUAUAGAAAAGGAAUGACUUAACACCAUAAAAUCCGCCAUAGGACAGGGCAGAUAAGUUUUGUAUUAUUUCAUAUGAUCAGUCACAGCCAUAUUUAUAAGAAUAAUAAAUAAUUCUUCCAUUAUUUCCCUAGUAUAACAUAAAACUUGUCUUUGAAUAUUAUCCGCGUUUCGCUGUCAACGUCAAAGCAUGUAGAAAAUAAUGAAUCGAUUUUUUUUAAUGUUUAGCCUUGUUUUAUACUGCUUGACGUUACAACGUACUUUCCGAACACUUUGGCCACUAUUUAUUGAUAUAACGGGUAUAUACGAGGUAAAUCAAUUCGAAACGUCUUAUGAGUAUUUGUAAAUCUAUCGUAAGGUUGCUUUACCAACCCAUCUUUAAAGCUUUUAUUUAAUACCUAUUGUACCUAUUAAAUUUUAGCAAAUUUCUCUAAUGCUUAUAAUUUUUAAUGUUGGUAAAGCAAAUUUGUGAGUAGGACAUUGUGUUAGGUCUCUUACGAUAUAUUAAUGUCUAGAAUGGUGCUUGCUUAUCGAGUUGUAGUUGUAUUGGAUGUCUAGAGCUAACUUUGCCCCAAUCUUCUAAUAAGCUUGUUAAAUUAUUAUUUACCAAGCGAAAAAGUUUGAAUUUGUUUAAGUAAAUUUUUCAAUUACAAAAAAUCUCUACGCACUAUCAUCAAUAUUGCGCCAUCCCGCUGUGGCACCUAUAUUUUUGAGAUGCGUAUUCGUAUUCUUAAGCGCUUGAUUUAUUUUUAGACAGAAAAGAAGAAUUAGUACGAAAAAAUUAAAUUGUAUUAUAAAAGCUGAAUACUAAAUAUUCAAUUCGGGUAAAGUUAGCGAUUUGUAUUUGGUAUUAGAUCUGAGUGGUUUAAGGUAACGUUUUCCUCCAUGAUGAAACUUCCACUUUUCACUUUGCAUUUUAUAUUUUUAUAUUAAUUUACGAGUAUAUGUUAGAUGGAUUUUAUAAUUAUGCCUUUUUUUCACAUGAAUCAUAAUUUAACUAUUGCCAAUAGAAAUAAAAAAAAAGAUUCCAUCUAAUAUUCAUUCACAGCUGUGAUUGCAUUAAUUUUAAUUGAAAAUAUAAAACUGUAUAUGAUGUACGUGGACGGAAAAAAUAUUGGAAUGCAAAAAUUAUAACAUUUUAUUGGUUUGUGUACUAAAAUAGUUGAAAAUUUGACGCGUUAUUUCAAAAUUAUCAGAGAAAAUAAAAAAACAAAACAUUAAACAGCUAAUGCAAUAAAGCCUCGAAUAUGACAUCGAACGAAUUUUAGAUAACGUUAUAAUUGUUGCGUUCCAAUAUUGUUCACGUUUUUAAUAAUAUGAAGAAGUAUCGCUUUUUAUUUAAAUGUUAUAUACUAAUUUAGUAGCGAUUAUUGAAGGAGGCCUUUAUUUUUAUUUAUUUUUGUGGAUGUUUUAAUAAAAUAUGUAUAAUGAA